AUGCCCCAUCCCACCACAACCGACCUCCUCAUCAUCGGCGCCGGCCCAGCAGGCCUCAUGGCCGCCGCCUGGGCCACACAAUACGACAUGACGACGCGCAUCAUCGACAAACGACCGGGCCGCACACCCACGGGCCACGCGGACGGAUUACAAAGUCGGAGUUUGGAGAUCUUGGAGAGUUUUGGGAUGGUGGAUGCGAUUUUACGGAGGGGGGUGGCGCAUGCGGAGAUGUGUUUUUGGGGCAGGAAUAAAGAAUCCGCGGGCAUUGAGAGGGAGAAGAGGAGUCGGGCGAGGCUGAAAGACGGGGAGAGGUUUGGGAUGGUGUUGUUGAAUCAGGGGUUGGUGGAGCAGGCGUUUUUGGAUCAUUUGGGGGAGGUGAAGGUGGAGUAUGGGAAACGGGCGGAGAGGUUGGUGUUUUUGGAGAAUGAGGAGUAUCCGGUUGAGGUUGGGGUGAGGAAAGAUUGGACGGAUGGGGCCGAUGGUGUCUGUGAUGAUUUGGAGAUCAUUCGGGCACGAUAUAUUAUCGGUUGCGACGGUGCACAUAGCUGGACGCGAGAGCAGUUGAAGGUGCCGGUUCGUGCCGGCUCGGGGGAUUCCACGUGGGGGGUGAUUGAUAUUGCGCCCAUUAGUGAUUUUCCGGACAUUCGUCAAUCCUGCGCCAUACAUUCCGGAGACUAUGGGAGUAUCAUGACCGCGCCCAGGGAGAACCGGCUGGUCCGGUUUUAUACCUAUCCAAAAGGCGAUGGAAAACUGAAUGUCGAGGGAAGAGAUCAGUCGGAAGUUUCUCGGGAUGAUUUGGUCGAAGCCAUACAGAAGGCGAUGCGGCCGUACAAACUGACGUAUAAGCACUGCGACUGGUGGUCGAUUUACAAGAUAGGCCAGCGUUUGGUUGAAACAUAUAGACCCCAUGAUAGAGUUUUCCUUGCUGGCGAUGCAGCACACACCCACUCCCCCAAGGCGGGACAAGGGAUGAACGUAUCGAUGCAAGAUACAUACAACCUGGUAUGGAAGCUAGGAUCCGUCAUCACCGGGACAGCUGCGCCGAGGAUCUUGGACACCUAUAACUUAGAACGACGGCCCGUUGGCGAGAAGCUGCUGAGGCUGGACACCGAGCUGGUCGAAGCAUACGAGCAAGACACGACCACCACCGAAGGAGUCGAGCGGGUCCGGAACCAGUACGUCGAUUUCAUGACGGGCGUAGGCAUCGCCUAUGGCCCGAAUGAUCUGAUUUCUGGCAAAAGUGGCGAGGGAUCUGUAGCCCGGAAUAUCAGAGUGGGAGUGCGUCUGGCAUCCUAUCCUGUUGUAGCCCAGGCCGACGGGGUGUGUAUGCAGCUGGCGGGGAGAUUCACCAGCAAUGGAGCUUGGAGGCUGUUGGUGUUUCCUGGUGACUUGCGUGGAUCGCGGAACUGGGGCCGUCUCUGUGACUUUGCGGCCAGAUUCAACAAGCAGCCUCAUCUGUCAUCGUUGCACACGGAUCAGAGAUUCGGCAGGUGUCGUUGUCUCGAGAGCAUUUUGGUGCAUGCCAGCCCGAGAGCAUCGAUCAAUCUCUUGGAUCUUCCGGAUAUGUUUCACCCGUUCGAUGAAACAUGGGGCUGGGAUUACUCGAGGGUCUUUGCUGAUGAUGGAUCGGACGGUGAUGAUUUGGGCCACACAUAUGACAGAUAUGGUAUCCAACAAAAAUUUGGGGCAUUGGUACUCUGUCGUCCAGAUCAGCAUGUGGCGUGGAUGGGUAGCCUGGAGGAGGUAGAAGCACUAGAAGAGUACUUUGCUCGAAUACGCUAA